GUCAUAUGGCCUCCUUCCUGUUUGACGGAGAGACGAGCCGGCUGCUGCUGCUGCCUGUCAACAUCAGACACCAUACUGAAGCUUUUCCGUGUGCGGGAUUUGGCUUUUAUAUAUUUGUUCGUGAAAGUGUCCACUGCAAUGCCCAUGUACCAGGUAAAGCCCAUCUGUGGGGGUGACAUAAAAGUUGAUUUGCCGACCUGCAUGUACAAGUUACCAAAUUUCCACGCACAGCAGCAGCAAGGCAACAGCUGCAGCUCCGAACAUGCGCUUCAGAAUGGCGAGGUGGAUCCGGCUGUCAAGGCCCUGGAGGCUCGACAGGAUGAGAUCUUGAGGAAACUCUAUGAACUGAAAGCUGCCGUGGAGGGCCUAGCUAAGACCGUGACAACCCCAGAUGCUGAUUUAGACCUGACAGUCAGCAGCAGCCUCUCCUCACAAAGCUCCACGGCACUUUUUACAGGUACCACCGACCUGGACGCACUACUGGGAAAGGACCUCGGCGCUCUCCGUGAUAUCGUCAUCAAUGCCAACCCGGCCCAGCCGCCCCUCACCCUGCUGGUUCUUCACCGUCUGCUCUGUGAGCGGUACCGGGUGCUGUCCACCGUCCACGUUCACUCCUCGGUCUCCAGCGUGCCGCCGCAGCUGCUGUCAUGUCUGGGUCCACGCCACCCCGACAGCCACAGCCGCCACAUGUUCCAGCUGGGCUUCACCCUCAUCUGGAAAGAUGUCCCCAAACUGCAGAUGAAGUUCAGCGUGCGAAACAUGUGUCCCAUCGACGGCGAAGCCAACGUGGCUCGCUUCCUCUUCAAGCUGCUGGCGCCCCACCCCAGCGAGCCCGCUCUCGCCACUCUGGUGGACAGCUGGGUGGACACGGCUUUCUUCCAACUGGCAGAGGGCAGCUCGGAGGAGCGAGCUACCGCCCUGCGGGACCUCGGCUCCGCUUUGGGUCGCAGCGCUUGGCUGUCGGGGCCGGAGCUCUCGCUGGCCGACGUGGCGUGCUACUGCUGCGUGCUGCAGAGCGGUUCAGCGCCCUCAGCUCCUGCCAACGUGCGGCGCUGGAUCAAGUCCUGUGAGAACCUGGGGUACUUCAGCCACGCCAAGACACUUCUGCAGUGACUGGGACUGUCCUGGGACCAGACACUAGAGGCAAAAGAAGGACAUUAGAAGAUGAAAAUAUCUCAGCUAUGUCUGGACGUUCUUCUAGCUCCUCUUCCUCCUCAGUGUAGUUUGUUGCUGACAGACGUGGUCCAAGCCAACACUUAAAACAACCCAUAGAUCCAUAUAGAACGGAUAUGCUGCAACUCAGUUAUGAGGGAGGAGGUUCAGACAGAAGAGGGGGCUUCCAUCGCACACCCUCCACCCACUUUGUGCCUAAAAAAAUCGAAGUGUGUGUAUCUGCGGUGACCGGUAAUGCAGUGUUUUCACAAUGCUUUGUACCAGUCGUUUUCUUAAACAAGAAAUAUUAAAAAAAAGAAGAAAAAC